CGCUUCCUUUUCCCGCUUCCUUCUCCCUUUUCCCUCUUCCUUCUCCCAUUUCCAGUUUCCUUUUUCCCUUCUCGUCGGCUGCCGCCGCCUGUCCGCGGCGGCGCCGCUCCUGGGACGCGGGCAGGCCGUGCUGGGUGUGAGGGGGCUCCGGGGCCGGGGCGUUCAGCGCCUUCUUUCCCCUUCCCUCUUCCCUUUCCUUCCUCUUCCUCGUCCCCUUCCUGCUGUUUCCCCUUUUCUUUUCCCUUUCCUUCCUCUUCCUCGUCCCCUUCCUGCUGUUUCCCCUUUUCUUUUCCCUUUCCUUCCUCUUCCUCGUCCCCUUCCUGCUGUUUCCCCUUUUCUUUUCUCUUUUCCAGGCGUGUCCGGGCCUGUCAGCGAGGGGAGAGCAGCCAUGGCCAAUGUGCUCUGUAACAGAGCAAGAUUGGUCACCUACCUGCCAGGCUUUUCUUCCCUGCUCAGAAGAAUUGGGAAUGCCAAAAGUUUUUCCACUGCAGGAUCCUCUGGCUCAGAUGAGCCUCACGUGGCUGCUUCACCUCCUGAUUUAUCUCCCAGGACGGUGUGGCCGGACGAGCUGAUGGGGCCCUUUGGGCCGCAGGACCAGCGGUUCCAGCUGCCCGGGAACAUCGGCUUCGGCUGCCACCUGCAGGGCACGGCCCCCCCCCGGAGCCCCCCGAGCCUGCCCGACCUCCUGGCCGAGCCCUCGGCCACCGACAGGCACCAGUUUGUCAUGGCACAGUGCCUCAACGAGUUCCAGGGUUCUGAUGCCCCCCAGAAGCAGCAGAUCAGCCCUGCUCAGACCUACUUUGAACAUGCCAAGGUGGAGUGUGCAGUGCAGGCGUGUCCUGAGCUGCUGAGGAAAGAAUUCCAGCCCCUGUUCCCAGAGGUGAACUCCCGGUGCCUGACGGUGCUGACGGUGACGCAGCGGAGCCGCCAGGACAUGAGCGUGUGGAGCCACGAGGUGGAGCAGGAGAGGGAGCAGCUCCUGGAGAACUUCAUCAAUGGUGCCAAGGAAAUCUGCUAUGCAAUUUCUUCUGAGGGCUACUGGGCUGAUUUCAUUGAUCCAUCCUCAGGACUGGCAUUCUUUGGGCCUUACACCAACAGCCCCUUGCUGGAGACCGACGAGCGCUACCGGCACUUGGGGUUUUCCGUGGAGGACCUGGGCUGCUGCAAGGUGAUCAGGCACAACCUUUGGGGCACCCACGUGCUGGUGGGCAGCAUUUUCACCAACGCUGAGCCCGACAGCCCCAUCAUGAGGAAACUCAGUGGCAACUGAGCCCUCCAGCUGCCUUGGGAUGGCUUGGGAGUCCUUGGGGUGAUCCCGCCAGGAAUUCCUCGCUGCCGAGCGUCCUUAGAGAAUAAAAGUAGCUGUAAUUUAUUUCUAGGCUUCUGGGAAUGUGUGUUCUCCACGUGUGGCUUGGCAGCAUUGAGAAGCAGAGGAAUUAUCAUUUCCUUUUUAAAUUUUCCGUUUUCUCUUACCUCGACCGUUCUGUCUUUCAUUGGUCGAUUCAGUGUUCAGAAUCCUCUGGAAAUGCCACUGAAAUUCCCAACAAAUCUGCCAUUCCUGAAAUUAGGAACUGGCCAAAAAAAAAUGGAAUGAGUCAUAAAAUUGUUCUCCCAGGGUACAGAACAUAAUAAAAUCUGGGCUAAUCACUUAUUUGCUGUCAGAAAAUGAGAAUGAGGUCAACUUUCAGUGGUCUCCAACUCAUCCAGAGACUCCAUAAAAAGUCCUUAAUUAUCCUGGAAUUACUCAUCUCUUACUGUUUUUUGUCUUCAUGGUGCUUGGGAUUUAUUUUCUCAGUGUUAGCUAAAUAUAUUUAAUUAGUUUAUAUACCUAAAUGUAAUUUAAAGUUGCUUUUGUAACUUUCUUAGGUCAUUAAAUACCAAAAAAAAAAAAAAAAAGAGAGAUAAUAGGGCACUGCUUGGAUCUCAUCAUUGUUUUCCUGGACUUGGAUGCAAUCUAGACUUGCCUCUGGAAUUUGGAAAUGCAAUUAGGAUCAAUUAUUGCAAUUAAAAGAUGUUUCAACAGGAAGGUUCCAGUCUCACACAAACAACCAGAUCAGUGGGGGAACAACAGGGCAGGAAUUCCAGGGCACCUGAAACACCUGGGAUUCCAGUGCCUGGCAAUAAAUAAUAAAUAAUAAAGCAGGUUUGGAGCUCCUGUUUUCCAUGGAGCUGUGACAACCCUUCAGGCUUUGUUCCCUGAGGCUCCGGGGAUUCUCCCAGUGUUACCCAACCCCGCGGAUUCCAAAGCUGUCCCAGGCUCUCCUGUUCCCUCCUCAGCCUCUAAGCCAGGCCCAGCAGAGAUUCCUGGUUUAGGAGCAGCUCCUUGCCCAAGUGCCUCUCUCUGUCCUCGUCACCGCUGCGCUUCGUGGCUUGGCUGCAGCACGGAGCUGGGAGCCAGGGACACUUCCCAAAGUUCCCAAUUCCCUCCCCAAAUUCUCCUGCUCCCCUGCAGUGCUGGCUCUGGAUUUUAGAGCAGGAUUGAUCCCUUUGUAAAUUCCCAAAUUCUGCUCCCCUGCAGUGCUGGCUCUGGAUUUUAGAGCAGGACUGAUCCCUUUGUAAAUUCCCAAAUUCUGCUCCCCUGCAGUGCUGGCUCUGGAUUUUAGAGCAGGACUGAUCCCUUUGUCAAUUCCCAAAUUCUCCUCCUCCCCUGCAGUGCUGGCUCUGGAUUUUAGAGCAGGACUGAUCCCUUUGUCAAUUCCCAAAUUCUGCUCCCCUGCAGUGCUGGCUCUGGAUUUUAGAGCAGGAUUGAUCCCUUUGUCAAUUCCCAAAUUCUCCUGCUCCCCUGCAGUGCUGGCUCUGGAUUUUAGAGCAGGAUUGAUCCCUUUGUCAAUUCCCAAAUUCUGCUCCCCUGCAGUGCUGGCUCUGGAUUUUAGAGCAGGACUCAUCCCUUUGUCAAUUCCCAAAUUCUCCUCCUCCCCUGCAGUGCUGGCUCUGGAUUUUAGAGCAGGAUUGAUCCCUUUGUAAAUUCCCAAAUUCUCCUGCUCCCCUGCAGUGCUGGCUCUGGAAUUUAGAGCAGGACUCAUCCCUUUGUCAAAUCCCAAAUUCUGCUCCCCUGCAGUGCUGGCUCUGGAUUUUAGAGCAGGACUGAUCCCUUUGUCAAUUCCCAAAUUCUCCUGCUCCCCUGCAGUGCUGGCUCUGGAUUUUAGAGCAGGACUGAUCCCUUUGUCAAUUCCCAAAUUCUCCUCCUCCCCUGCAGUGCUGGCUCUGGAUUUUAGAGCAGGACUGAUCCCUUUGUCAUGGAAUUUGUGCUGUGACUCCAAAACCCAUCCCUGACCUCUGCUGUCCAUAAAAUCUCUGUUACUCCAAAGAUUUUAUUCCUGUUUGUUUUUUUUUUUUCCCUCCUUCUCAUCAAGAGGAUUAAAGUUGUUGAGAACUGCA